UGCAGAUUGUACCUGGCCCUGGCAUUGAUUCACUCUGUCUCUGUAAAGGAAGAAGAUGAAGAACUGGUCAGCAAUGAUCACUUUACUAGCAAUUCUUGCUAUGGCAGCACAUGAGACAUCAAGUAGCACAACAGCCUCCAGUAAUACCACAUCACAUUCCAUAUCCAUAAAUGAAACGUCUAGGAAGACUGAGGGCACCUCAAUUCUGCCUCAAACAACUGCAUCAACGGAUUCACAGUCAGCAGCUCCGAAUUCAAACACAAGUUCAACAAGUCCUAACUCUAGUCUUAAUGAAACGACUGUCACAAAAACAACUACAAAUUCAUCUUCUUCUGGGUCUACAACUACUGCAAACACUGCUACAGGUUCUACUUCUGUAAUAUCAACUUCUCCCAGUUCUGCAGAUCCCACCAGUAAAGCUUCAACUGCAAGUACAAUGUCUACUACCAAACCAAGCACAUUUGUAUCUCCUAAAGUCACGAGUAGUAUUGCUACGACUACAACCAGCAUUUCUUCUCCACCUACAGAAAAUGGGCUGGCUGAGAGCAUGAAAAUUUUAAUUGGAGUGUCCUGCUCGAUUGUGGCCAUCAUCUUUAUCAUCAUAAUAUUUGUUAUUAUAAUGGACAAAAAAAAAAAAUCUUCGUCUGAAGUAGAGAGGGCUGAAGCAUCCGACGCUAAUUUAAGCAUGAAUGUCAUAAAUAAUUCUGGGCAAGCACCUGGAGACCCCCAGAUCUCCAGUAAUGGAACAGUGGAGGAAGUUAAAAAAGAUGUGGCCCCUACCACCACAACUCCGGAAGGUUCAAACACAGUGACCCCGUCAGAAACAGAUAAGCCCAAUGAAGACAAGGCACCCUCUGAACAUGUUAUUCUGUACACUGAAAUGUCAGUCAAUGAAGGAGAGCCACAGAUGUCUAACCCUCAGGAGGCCAACAAGAACAUGGAGGUUGCAGAAAAUAAAUAAGAAAAUCAACAGGAGACGAGCUGCACCAGCAGACACAACUUUUCCAGAGUGUACCUUAUUCUUAACUCAGCUUAAUUGCUGCUAAUACCACAUUACAAUAAUCUGUGAAGUUUAAAGGAAUAUAAAGCAAUAAGGUGGGGCUGGUCCUGUGUGAUUGGUGGAAUGUCUGGCGAUGUAGUGAAUUGUGAAAUCACUUGGCCUUGUCUCCUGCUUGGGUUGAGCCCCAUCUUUCCUGACCUUAUUGAAAAGUCCCUUAAGGUCCACCUAGCCCCUCAGUUACUCAAAUGAUGAAUACCCCUUAGCUGUUCUAUAAACAAAAAUGCCAUCCCUACAAGCAGGAGUGUGCAAACCUCCAGGGCAGGGAGGCUGGUUUUUCAUGGCAGCUUAGGUUUUUACAGCCAAGUCAUACUUAACAGUGGGUGCACAACCCCUGAUGCACUCACUCCCUUCAAUAUCUUUUGUUACGAUAGUCACACCUUUGGAAUUUUCUGUAUCCACUUAAUUCCCAAGCUAAGCUUCAGAGAUAUUGAAAAAUAGAAUUCAUGUGGCGACCUCAUGUGACAAAGAAAACAAUUUACAAUCAGUAGAUGGUUAUAUUCUUGCCAUAAUUAAUGGAAAUAGGAGCUUUACAUGUCUGUAUAUAUUUAUAUAUAUAUAUGUAUAUUUCUUACUGUAAUCAUACCAAGCUGAACUACAGGCUGUAUGCUACCUUUACUGUAUGAAUUAUGCUAGCACAUUAAUAUACAAUAAAUGAACACUUAACUGAUGUGCUGUAGGGUGUAUAAAAAUGUAGAAUGUUGUGCUCAGAACCCAUAUAUAGCAAAUAAAAUAUAGGCAUCUGCUAGGGAAGAUACAUUUUUUUUAUAAAGUUCUUAACUGUAUUGUGUAUCAAAUCAUUGCAUUUGUCCCCUUCCUUUUCCACUAUUAUAACAAAGUUUUGACAAUGAAUGUUUAAGAUCUUCAAUCAAAAUUUGAUAUUACUAUACGUAUAAGGCA